AUGAGUGAUAGAGAAAUCCUUACUAACACAACUUUUCUUGUCAUUUUGGUAUGUUUGUUCAUGGGUUGCCCUAAUAGUUCUGCACAAAGAGACACAAUCCAAGCAGGGGAAGCCCUUAAUUUUUCAUCCCAGUUGGUUUCUGCAAAUGGGAUGUUUACAUUAGGGUUCUUCUCCCUCGGUGAUUUUGAUCGUUAUUUGGGCAUAUGGUACACAAACGCUUCUAUAGCCUACAGAGUUUGGGUUGCUAACCGUGAAAGUCCUAUACUCGGUGGAAACGGAAAUCUAACCUUGGACACAAAUGGGACGUUGAAGAUCUUGGUGGUGGGUGGAAAUCAAUUUCCGCUGAAUUCAAAUAAUCAAUCUGCCCAUAAUUCCUCUGCUACUCUUGAUAAUUCCGGCAACUUUGUGUUGACGGAGCUCAAUUCAGAUGGGUCAGUCAAACAGGUCCUGUGGCAAAGCUUUGAUCAUCCCACAAACGCCCUAUUGCCCGGAAUGAAACUGGGCAUGAAUUUCCGAACAGGGAAAAGUGGGAAAUUUCCUCUUGGUUAA